AUGAGCAUGGUGACUCCAAUGUCGUACUGCAUUCGUUGGGGUAAACACCCGAUGAACAUUUCAUCCGCAUCAUGCAACCUAUUCAACUCGCAGAUGCUUGUGGAUGUUACUCUUGCUGCGGACGGAGUUCAAAUCCAAGCGCACAAACUUGUUCUAGCAGCUUCAUCUGUGUAUUUCCAGGCUUUGUUCACUCAGAACCCCUGCCAGCACCCAAUUGUCAUUUUGAAAGACGUUUCGAUCGACGAGUUACGAAUCAUUAUUGAUUUUGUCUACAAAGGAGAAGUUGAGGUCCCGGAUGACAAGUUGUCAUCUGUGUUGAAGGUUGGUCAUCACGUUUCUGCAUUCAUAAAACCGAAUGAUGGCAGUCACGAAUUCAUCGGAUGGGAUUCAUUUUGGGAACAUUUCCUUGAAUAUGAACCGGUUCAAAUGUCUAGUCCGGAUGCGCCGGAGUCCAAUAAGCGGAAAGCCACUGCAUGUGUUGUAGCGGAUGCUGAACCAGUUUCCCCUGCUGUACCUUCUGAAGCGAAUAUGUCAUUCUCCCAGAGUCAGUCUUUCAGCUCAACCUCAUCAGCUACCCCGCGACCUGUGUUGGAAACUGUUCCUUUUCGGAAACGGCUGCGCAAAGAGUUCCGGGAACGCAGCUUGUCUGGAGACGCUUCUGUUCAACUGUUCCCUGAAAGAAGCACGUCCAUGGUGGCAGCAGUGAGGUCCACGAGUCAAAUAGAAAAUACCCUUCUGCCUCCCGAAACUUCCCGACCACCUAUGCAAACUCAGACUUCUGAUCCAGGACCCAUGAGGAGUUUCAGUAUUGAUCGAUCUGAAAGUCCGGUUCCGAGUUAUGCGUCGAAACACCGACGGAUGCUACAAAGACAACCGCGAAUCCAACGACAAAUGGAGCUUGAAGCCGAGGAUUCCACGCGGAAGUACCCUCCAAUCAAGCCACGUCCCACGAUCAUCGUCACUCAAGACGAUGAGACCAAGCCUCGAGAAGUUAUCUGUACUCAGAAAUUAAGUCCUGAACGGGAUCUAGGGGAACAAACCGCGACUCGAAGUCCUGAUUCGGAUUCUUCGGCCAGGGAUCUGAGUAUUGAUGAGGGUGUUGUGUCGAGAAGUUGUCCACCGUCUCCACCCGCAAAAAUUAUUGGGCGGAGUUCGUCAACUUCAUCACAUCGUGAGCGACGGAAGAAGAUGCACGUGGUUUUUUUGUCGAGUCCGGAACCAGCAGUGGUGGUCACUUCGCCGGCAUCAGGUCAUCAUUGCCCCGAAAGUCGGGUCGGGUCAGCCGUUAGCUGCGAUUAUUGCUGGAACAAAAUGGACGACAAAGGAAGAGUUCAACGCAGAAAGACAAAGUACUGGUGUCCCAAGUGUCGCGCCAAUCUCUGCAUCGUACCGUGUUUCCAGCAGUACCACAACUUUGGUGGCGUGGACGAAACAGGUGUCAACAAUACUGGAUCGGACACGAAGACUCGUGGUUCUUUCGAACGGAGUUCAUCUUUGUCAUCCUCAUGUUUGCUCGCUGUGCCCAAGAAUUUGUCUAAGACCCCCUCCGUUUGA